AUGAAGCUUGAAGGUGGCGGUACAAUGAACUUCAAAUGGCCACCCACGAAUACUAGCGGCAAGUGGGGUGAUGGUCACUCGCCAGCGAACAAUUCUAGGCAACAUGUGUUGGUGCUUAGUAGACAGAAAAGCUACGCUGAUCCUAAGCGUAGGAAUGUGGAGUUCCAGGUUGGGGACCAUGUGUUUUUACGAGUCUCACCAUUGAGAGGGGUGAGGAAAUUUGGGGUAAAGGGCAAGCUGAGCCCUCGGUUUGUUGGACCUUUUGAGAUUUUGGAAAGGAUUGGACAGGUGGCUUAUAGGUUGGCCUUGCCACCAUCGCUGUCAGGAGUUCAUGACGUGUUUCAUGUCUCCAUGUUGCGGAAGUAUGUUUCAGAUACGACACAUGUGCUGAAGUAUGAGGACUUAGAGUUACAGAAAGACUUGUCCUAUGAAGAGCGACCAGUUCAGAUUUUGGAUCGGAAGGACAAAGUUUUACGGAAUAAGAUAAUUCCGUUUGUGAAAGUGUUGUGGAGAAAUAGUAAGGUUGAGGAAGCGACCUGGGAGUUAGAGACAGCGAUGCGGGAUCAGUAUCCCGAG